CGCUAUACGGAGGUGGGUUCCUUCGCCGCACUAAUGCCGAAAUCUCUCUAGCAGUAUCACGACUGGAGGGAGAGGGAGCGCGUAGGCUAUCAAGUGGACAGUGUAUCCGAGCCCACCGGCUUGGAUUAUUUGAUCAAGCAUUUUAGCCUGGCUGCAAGACACCUUUCACAUGGCAGUCGCGUGGUCCCACUAGCCACGGCCGGGAAUUGACAUGUAAUUACCGCAUUAUCUGCCUUUAUUAGCCAGAUGUCUUCAUACUGAUCCCACAGUUCGAUUGAGGAUAUAGGCUACUUGACUACUAUGCCAGCGAAGAAACACCGCGUCGCGAGGCUCUGUUCAUAAUUUGCUCACUGGUUCAUUGAUACUGGUACCACAUCGACUGAUUUUACGUCUAUUUCGGUGAAAAACAGACUCAUAUCUGAAAUUGAGGUUAAGAGUUGUUCAGGGAAAUAGGCGCGAUGGCCAAUGCCUCCACAGACCUGGACAACGCGGAGGCCCAGCGCCAGCUCAACAACAACAACACCCGUCUGGCCAGCAGCUCGGGACACUGGGAAACCGAGGUCACCAGCUCCAAACUGUUUGAGUGUUCCCGCAUCAAGGCCUUGGCAGAAGAGAGAGAUGCUGUCCAGAAGAAGACCUUCACUAAGUGGGUGAACUCCCACCUGGCCAGAGUGUCCUGUCGGAUUGCUGAUCUCUACAACGACCUCCGGGACGGCUACAUGCUCACAAGGCUGCUAGAGGUCCUGUCUGGGGAGAUGCUGCCGAGGCCCACGCGGGGUCGCAUGCGGAUCCACUGCCUGGAGAACGUGGACAAGGCCCUGCAGUUCCUCAAGGAGCAGAGGGUCCACCUGGAGAACGUCGGCUCUCACGACAUCGUCGACGGCAACCACCGCCUCACCCUUGGCCUCAUCUGGACCAUCAUCCUUCGCUUCCAGAUCCAGGGGAUUAAGAUCGAGUGUGACGACAACAGGGAGACGCGGUCGGCAAAGGAUGCCCUACUACUCUGGUGCCAGAUGAAAACCGCUGGGUACUCUGAGGUCAACAUCCAGAACUUCACCACAUGCUGGAGAGAUGGUCUCGCCUUCAACGCUCUCAUUCACCGACACAGGCCUGAUUUGAUUGAGUUCCAUAAGCUGAUCCGGUCCAAUGCCACACACAACCUCCAGCAAGCCUUCAACAUUGCUGAGCAGAACCUGGGGCUCACCAAACUCCUGGACCCUGAAGACGUGAAUACGGAGAACCCAGAUGAGAAGUCGAUAAUAACCUAUGUUGUGUCCUACUACCAUUACUUCUCCAAGAUGAAAGCCCUUCGAGUAGAGGGCAAGAGAGUGGGAAAGGUGUUGGACAAUGCCAUUGACGGUCAGAAGAUGAUCGAUCGAUAUGAGGCUCUGGCCUCGGAGCUCCUGGAGUGGAUCGAGAAGACCAUAGGCAUCAUCAGCAACCAGAAGUUUGCCAACUCCUUAACGGGUGUCCAGCAACAGCUUCAAGCCUUCACCACCUACUGCACCAUCGAGAAGCCCAUCAAGUUCCAGGAGAAGGGGAACCUGGAGGUGCUCCUCUUUACUAUCCAAAGCAAGCUCAGAGCUAACAACCAGAAACCAUACGUGCCUCAUGAAGGGAAACUCAUCUCUGAUAUCAAUAAGGCGUGGGAGAGGCUGGAGAAGGCGGAGCACGAGAGAGGCGUGGCACUACGGCAGGAGCUGAUUCGCCAGGAGAAGCUGGAGUUGCUGGCCCAGCGGUUUGACCACAAGACCACCAUGAGACAAGCGUGGCUCAACGAGAACCAGCGCCUCGUGUCUCAGGAUAACUUUGGCUACGACCUGCCAGCGGUGGAAGCCGCCAUGAAGAAGCACGAGGCCAUUGAGGCAGACAUCUCGUCGUACGAGGAGCGCAUCGGGGUGGUGGUGGAGCUGGCCGGGGAGAUGGAGACGGAGGGCUACUACGACAUCCGGCGCAUCUCGGCCCGCAAGGAGAACAUCCUGGGCCAGUGGAGCCUGCUGAAGGAGCUGGUGGUGGGGAGGAAGGCCCGGUUGGAGAAGAACCUGGCUCUGCAGAAGACCUUCCAGGACAUGGUCUACAUGAUCGACUGGAUGGAGGACAUGCAGGUCCAGCUCCUUUCCAAAGACUUCGGCAAGCAUCUGCUGGAGGUGGACGACCUGCUGCAGAAACACAGCCUCCAGGAAGCUGACAUCACAGUGCAGGCAGAGAGGGUGCAGACCCUUAACACAGCCGCUCUCAAAUUCACCACCAUUGAAGGCUACCAGCCCUGUGACCCCCAGGUGAUCUGCAACCGGGUCAACCACGUCAGCACCUGCCUGGAGGAGCUCAAGCAGCUGGCGGCCAAGCGGCGCUCGGAGCUGGAGGAGUCUCAGCACCUUUGGGCCUUCUUCCAGGAGGUGGAGGAGUCCGAGGCCUGGAUCCGCGAGAAGAGCUCCAUCCUGGCCGCCCAGACCUGCGGCAAGGACCUGAGCAGCGUGCUGCGGCUGCUCCAGAAACACAAGACCCUGGCUGGGGAGCUGCUGGCCCACCGCUCCCUCCUCCAACAGACCAUGAAGAAGGGCAAGCAGAUCCUGAUGGAGAAGAGUUUUGGCACGGGCGGCAUCCAGGAGCGCAUCAUGGAGGUGAAAGGGGAGUGGAAGAGGCUGGAGGACCAGGCGGCGCAGAGACUGGGCCACCUGCAGGAGGCACUCAACUUCUUCCAGUUCAGCACGGAGACGGACGACUUGUUGGCAUGGCUGCAGGACGCCUACCGCCUGGUGUCCAGUGAGGACUUUGGCCACGACGAGUACUCCACCCAGUCACUGCUCAAGAAGCACCGGGGUGUGCGCGAGGCCGUGGACAAGCACCGGCUGCAUGUAGUAACUCUGCGCAAACACAUGGUGGCGCUGCCACUGCACUACCGGGAGCUGGAGGAGGUGCAGUCAAGAAUGGGCGAGGCGGAGCAGCUGUACGCCGAGGUGGCCGAGGUGGCCGUCCUGAGGCAGCAGUGGCUGCACGACGCGCUCGCUGUCUACCUCAUGUUCAGCGAGGUCAACGCCUGCGAGGUGUGGAUCGACGAGAAGGAGCAGUGGCUCAACAAGAUGGAGGUUCCAGAGAGGCUGGAGGACGUGGAGGUCAUAGCCCAUAGGUUUGAGAGCCUGGACCAGGAGAUGAACAGCCUGAUGGGAAGGAUCCUGGACGUGAACCAGAUAGUGCAGCAGCUCCUGGACAGUGGUCACCCCAGCUCUACAGAGGUCAGAGGCUGUCAGGACCACCUCAACAGCAGAUGGAACCACAUCGUGGAGAUGGUGGAGCAGAAGAAGGACCACCUGGACUCUGUCCUCCGACUCCAGAACUACCUGCUGGAGUGUGCUGAGAUCAAGUCCCAGAUCCAGGAGAAGCGCAAGGCCAUCGACGCCACUCAGUACGUGGGGAGUGACCUGGGCGGGGUGCUGGCCCUGCAGCGCCGACUCUCCACCAUGGAGGGGGCCCUGGCCGUGCUGGAGCCCAAGCUGCUUCACCUGCAGCAGGAGGCAGAGGAGCUGGCUAUCUCGCACCCGGCCAAGGCCAUGGAGGUCCUGGAGCCCUUCGAGGGCAUCAGUGUGGAGUGGGAGGAGCUGAAGCGCACGCUGCAGGGCUGUGAGGACUCUCUGAUGGUGGCGGGGCGGCUGCAGCAGUUCAUCCAGGACCUGGACUCCUUCCUGACGUGGCUGGUGCAGACGCAGACGGCGGCAGCUAGCGACGAGCUACCCAACGCGCUGGAGGAGGCCGAGAGGCUGAUCAACCGCCACGCGGCCCUGAAGGAGGAGAUCGGCAGGUACGAGGAGGACUACGAGCGGCUGCAGGCGGUCAACGAGCUGCUGGAGGCCGAGGAGGCGCCGCUGCCAUACGCAGCGCUGCAGCAGUGGCUCCAGAAGCUGGAUGUGGGCUGGAACAAGCUGCUGGAGAUGUGGGAGAGCCGGAGGGAGGUGCUGGUGCAGGCGCACAUCUUCCACCUCUUCCUGAGGGACGUCAAGCAGGCCGAGGCCUUCCUCAACAACCAGGAGUCAGCCUUGGCUCAUGUUGAGCUCCCCACCACGGUGGAGACGGUGGAGGCUGCCAUCAAGAAGCACAAGGACUUUACCACCACCAUGGAGCUCAACCUGCAUCGCAUCAAGGCUGUCAUCGAGGCCGGAGAGAGCCUCAUUAGCCAGAGCAACAUCUACUCGGACCGCAUCAGGGAGCGUGUGGACACCCUCGCUAACAGAGGCAACCAGAACCGGGAAUUGGCCCAACAGUGGCUGGAGAGGCUCAACGGCCAGUGGGGGCUCCAGAGGUUACUACAGGACUGCCACGAGCUUGGAGACUGGGUGGCAGAGAAGAUGCUCAUGGCUCGUGACACGUCCCGCGAUGAGACGCAGAAGCUGCACAAGAAGUGGCUGAAGCACCAGGCUUUCAUGGCUGAGCUGGCCCAGAACAAGGAGUGGCUGGAGAAGAUCGAGAGGGAGGGCCAGCAGUUGAUCCAGGAGAAGCCCGAGCUGGGCCCGGUGGUGCGGAGGAAGCUGGGGGAGAUCCGGGAGUGUUGGCAGGAUCUGGAGAGCACCACCCAGGCCAAGGCCCGCCAGCUGUUUGAAGCCAACCGGGCCGACCUGCUGGUGCAGAGCUACACCAGCCUGGACCAUCGGCUGCACCAGCUGGAGGGACAACUGGGCUACGUGGACCAGGGUCAGGACCUGACUAGCGUCAAUAAGCAUCUCAAGAAGCUCCAGACGAUGGAGUGUCAGAUGGAGGAGUGGUAUAAGGAGGUGGGGGAGCUGCAGGUGGCGGCGGCCUCCAUCCCCCAGCAGGGCCAGGUCAUGGACACGGUCAGCGAGCGCCAGUCCGCCGUGGAGACACGCAUCGUCCGCCUCAUCGAGCCGCUCAAGGAGCGCCGGCGUAUCCUUCUGGCCUCCAAGGAGGUUCACCAAGUGGGCCGGGACCUGGAGGACGAGAUACUGUGGGUGCAGGAGCGGCUGCCUGCCGCCACGUCUCAGGAGCACGGCUCCAGCCUCCAGGCUGUGCAGCAGCUCAUGAAGAAGAACCAGACUCUGCAGAGGGAGCUACAGGGCCAUCGGGCGAGGGUGGAGGACGUCCUGGAACGAGCUAAUGUCAUCGCCUCCAUCCGCAGCCCCGAGGCUGACUGUGUGCGGGCGGGCCUGGAGCAGCUCAGCGGGCUGUGGGGUCUGCUGUGGGCCGAGACGGAGAGAAGACAGCUGGUGCUGGAUGCCAUGUACCAGGCCCAGCAGUACUACUUUGACACGGCCGAGGUGGAGGCCUGGCUCAGCGAACAGGAGCUGCACAUGAUGAACGAGGAAAAGGGCAAGGAUGAGCCCAGCACCCUGCAGCUACUGAAGAAGCACCUGGUACUGGAGCAGACGAUAGAGGACUACGCUGAGACGAUAGGCCUUCUCUCCCAGCAGUGCAGACAGCUACUGGAGAUGGGACAUCCAGACAGUGAGCAGAUCAGUAAGCGUCAGUGUCAGAUGGACCGGCUGUACGUGUCUCUGAAGGACCUGGUGGAGGAAAGAAAGUCUCGUCUGGAGCAGCAGUACUGGCUCUACCAGCUCAACCGCGAGGUGGACGAGCUGGAGCAGUGGAUCGCUGAGAGGGAGGUGGUGGCCAGCUCGCCAGAACUGGGACAGGACUAUGAACACGUCACGAUCCUGCAGGAGAAGUUCACAGAGUUUGCGACGGAGACGGGCAGUCUGGGUCAGGAGCGUGUGACGGCGGUUAACCAGAUGGUGGAUGAGCUGAUCGACUACGGCCACGCCGACGCCGCCACCAUCGCCGAGUGGAAGGACGGCGUGAACGAGGCCUGGGCCGACCUCCUGGAGCUCAUGGAGACCCGGGCACAGAUGCUGGCCGCCUCGCACCAGCUCCAUAAGUUCUUCGCCGACUGCCGCGAGGUCUUGGCCCAAAUCGAUGAUAAGCAGCGGAGGCUUCCCGAGGUGCGGGCGCGCCAGGGUGGCACUGCCAACACCAGCACCCUGCAGAGGCUCAUGCAGAGCUUCGAGCACGACAUCCAGCUGCUCGUCACUCAGGUGAGGCAACUCCAGGAGAGUGCGGGUCAGCUCCGGACCAUCUACGCCGGGCAGAAGGCUGAGGCCAUCGCCGGCCGGGAACAGGAAGUGAUGCAUUGCUGGAAGGAGCUCUUGACUUCCUGCGAGGAGUGCCGAGUGCAGAUCACCACGGCAACAGACAAGCUGCGGUUCUUCGGGGUGGUGCGAGACCAGAUCAUGUGGAUGGACAGCAUCAUCUCUCAGAUCGGCACAGGGGACAAUCCAAGCAUUCCCUCCAGCGAUAUAACGGGCUCUGGACUCUCUGGUCCUUUCAGGGAUGUGUCCUCAGUGGAGGUACUGAUGAACUACCACCAGAGCUUGAAGAGCGAGGUGGAGGCGCGCAGUAAGAGUGUGCUGCAGUGCAUCGAGAUGGGCAAGACGCUGCUGGCCGCGCGCAACCCUGCUGCUGAGGAGAUCAAGGAGAAGCUGGAUACGGUGGUGGCCAAGCAGUACGAGCUGUCUGAGAAAUGGGACAAACACUGGGAGGUCCUGCAGCACAUGCUGGAGGUGCACCAGUUUGCCCAGGAAGCGGUGGUGGCCGAGGCCUGGCUCACAGCCCAGGAGCCCUUCAUCAACAGCAAGGAGUUGGGCGCCAGCGUGGACGAGGUGGAGCAGCUCAUCCGCCGCCACGAGGCCUUCCGCAAGGCCGCCGCCACCUGGGAGGAGCGCUUCAGCUCGCUACGACGCCUCACCACGGUGGAGAAGAUGAAAGCGGAGCAGAGUAAGCUCCCUCCCACCCCCCUGCUGGGUCGAAAAGUGUUCCUGGACCCCCAGGAGACGUCCCCUGCCCGGAGCCAGGGCUCCCCCCUGAUGAGACGGAUCCUUUACGAGCAGGCCGAGCCCAGAGCCGAAAGGCCCCCCCAGGAACCCUCGCCCUCUUCCGUGGCCCGCCGCCUGGGUUCCACCGUAGCCAACUACACCCCCAUCAUGAACGGCUCCAGUGGCUACCGCAGCAGUCUGGAGGCCCGGGCCAUCCCCAUGAUGGGGGGAGUGGCUGGGGGUGUAGUUGGGGUGGCAGCCAGGCUGGGAACAGCCGCUGUGGAGGCAACAAAUUUAGGGACCACCGCCGCCAUGGAGGUCCGAGGGGUGGCAGCAGGAUUUGGGACUGCCGCCUCUGAAGCCAGAGGGUUGGCAGCAGGAUUGGUCACCCCCGUGGUCGAGGCCAAAGGGAUAGCUGCAAGCUUGGUGACUGGGGCAGCCGCCGCAGUGGAGGUGAAAGCCUCGCAGUACCUCCGGCAGCCUAAGAUCAAACACAUGGACGACAUGGUGACGCCUAUGCUGGUGGCCUGUAGGCUGGAGAAGGCGAGAGAGAAGGAGGUGCGAGAGAGGGAGCAGAGAGAGAGGGAGAGAGAUAUUGUGUUAAUGGAGCCAGCGCCGGCGAUGCCGGUGAUGGCCGAGGUGGUGCUCCAGGAGAUGGGGAGGGAGGGGAUGGGCAGGGAGAGGUUGAACAGCGAGCCCAGCAGCAGAGACCACCGGGCGGGGAGCAGCCGUUCGGAGCCCCAGCAGAGAGACAGGGACAGAGACAGUAGGGACAGUAGGGACAGUCACAGGGAAGCCAGGCUGGAGCGCCAGCACUCCAGUGAGGUGCUGAUGAUCCAGGCGCGGCGGGAUGAGCUGCCCCAGGAGGUGUGGCGGGAACGGGCCGAGCGCAAAGAGAGGAAGCUGGAAAGGCAGACGUCCAGCGAGCAGGAGGGCCACGGACACGAGGGCCGGAGGAAAGACCGCCACCGGACGGAGAGACAGGAGUCCAGUGAACACGACACAGCCAAGGAGCAGUCAGACAGACGUUCUACGGAGAAAAAGUCAGGUGGCCAGACCUUGUUUGAUAUAGUGGAGCAGCUAAAAGAGAGAGAGGCAGCAACGGCACGAGGGGAGGUCCCUAAAGUGCCGAACGGCGUGCCAGAGAAGUCUUCCGGACGUCCAGACCGGCCGCGAGCAAGGGAUCGCCCCAAGCCCCGGCGGAGACCCCGACCCAAGGACCCAUCUGCAGGAGAGGCCACCACCCGGCGGUCGCGCUCGGCGCCGGAGCCAGGAGUGGCUCAGGGCGUGAGCCCUUCGGUCCCCCAGCCGCCCAGCCACACAGCCCACCACGAGGGCUUCCUCUUCCGCAAGCUGGACAUCGAGACCAUGAGGAAGAGCUCUAACAGCAGAUCCUGGGUCAACCUGUACUGUGUGCUGAACAAAGGAGAGAUAAGCUUCUAUAAGGACGCUAAGAACACCACCACACCUUACAACAACGAGCCCAUGCUCAACCUCGGCCACUGCCACUGCGACGUCACCCUUGGAUACAAGAAGAAGAAAAACGUCUUUACACUUAAAACGAAAGACGGAAGUGAAUUUCUGUUCCAUGCAAAGGAUGAGUCACAGGAUGAUCUAAAGGCCUGGACCACCAACAUCAACAAGAGCAUUGCAGAGCAUGAGGAGAUUGCCAAAUGGGGUCAGCCCCAGCCUACUACCUCAUCUACGGACGAGGGCACGCGCCGCGACGGCAGCAAGGCCGAUAAGUCAGAACGGGGAGAAAAGUCUGACCGGGGGGAAAGGCCGCAGAGAGCCGAGCGCUCUGAGAGGUCGGAUAAGGGUGAGACCAAAUCGGACACCAAGCGUUCAGAAAAGUCCAGCAAGAAGAAAUGAGUUUGAUGUUGUGCGGUGGGUGGGGGAAAGGGAGAGUGGUAUAAAAGACUUCCAAUCAAGACCCAACCCUUUCCUCUCAUCUGUCUGCUUCAGUUCUGUUUAGUGUCGAAAAAGACAGGAAAAUCACCCUGGUGAACUGACAUGAGGGAUUUGAAGCACGAAUAUCAGUGUACCCCUCCUCGUUGCCCUCUCUCUUUAUCUCUGUUGCUCUAAGGGUGUCAGACCUGGUCACUAACACUUAUUGCCUGGCUCGUUCCACCUCUGCCCUCUGGUGGUGACACCGGUGCACUGCAGAAAGCAGAUGAUCCUCCUAGUCAGGGCAGCAAUGUGAGAGAGAUGGACACUCAUGUAACGAGGGUUGUCACUGGUAGUAUGAAAAAGUAGCUCAUAACGUUUUACGUUUAUUUUUUGUAAGAGAUGAGCUGUAUCUGUAUGUAACUCUUGUCUGUCUAUUUAUGUAUUGUAUGUCUAGAACAUCCAAUUGUAUACUCCCAAACAAAAUGAAAAAUGAGAAUGAAAUAUGCCUAAAUGUAUUUCACAACUGGCCUCUUUUUGGAGAACAAUUAUUUUCUGUUUCCUUUUUUGUAUUUCUGCUCGUUCACUCUGCCAUCAUUCUUUUCUGGACUCUCUUUUCUCACUUUGACUUUCUUCAGUACAAAACUGUAAUAUCAUCAAACUCAUCCAAAUUGAAUUUGUAUAAUUCAACAUUGAGCCAGAGGAGAAAGAGAAGAGGCAGGUAACAUCAGCCUUCACAAAGCUUGUUCUGGCUUUUGAAUGGAUGACCUGGAACCUUUACCCGGAGGCUAGGCUGGCCCCCACGGCCAUACUCAGCUAUGCCUUCAUCUGGGGCCCCCGAGAGGCCCCCAGGGACCCAGCAGCCAUAGCCACCCAGCACCCGAGGGAUAGGACUGGAAGCCAUCUCGCAAGACCAAACCUCCCCCUUUCUUCUCAAAGACUAUCAGAUGGUGGUAAUCGCAUUCCACAUACCCAAUCAACAUUAUUUUUGUCCAUUCAGAAAAUAUCAUAAUGCUUUUUAUAGACAGUCAAAGAGAAAUUAAGUUGUGUGUGUCUGAGCAUGUGUGUGCGGGUGUGUGUGUGUCUGUUCAGCUGCUCACCACUCCCAGGGUUUUCAUAGCUCAGGUUUUUUCGUUCACAUCUGCGUCCCCAGUUCUCCCUCAGUCUUCCAGGCACUGCCGUUCCACAGGCCAGGCUUCUAACAGCUCAACUAACCACAGGAGUUGAUGAGGACACAGCAAGGAUCUAAGUUCAGGGGCCACACAGAAGUGAUAUGGUGCCGAUUGGUCACUCCAAAGCCUCAGGAGUGCAAGUUGAUGUCAGAUGGAUGUAAACAAAAGCUUCUGGAUGAAUGAAUCACAUGCAUGUCUUGCUUGGGAUAUAAAUCUCUUGUUGAGAGGCUUUGCAUAGCAGUCCGAUCCUAUGUUCCUCUCACAGUGUGUAGCGAUCGGCAACGAUGUUCAUUUUGUCCCUCUCCAUGCAUCAUACAAUACAAUUAUCUGUUUGUCUUAGCACUGCAAAGCCAUAUUUGGUAACAGGAAGUCUCACAUUAUGGAAGCUAGUGGACAAAUCCUUUGCCUGUUCCUUACAUCAGAGAUUUGUACAGAAGAGAGGAGUGACGGCGACGAGAUAGUACAGUGCAAAUAUUAUGAAAUCUUUCCUGAGUAGCUUUUUCUACCUUGUUUUUUAAACACAUUUUAUGCAUCUAUAUAGGCGUUGAAUGCCAAACCAAUGCAAUCCAUAACGCGUGUUGGACACAACAAGGCAAGGAUCAGCAGAACUUAUUUUUGAAUGAACAUAACUAUCACAUGGAAUGUGAAAUACAGUACAAUACAUGACAUAGGACACACUCAGAUAGAGCACUGUGGACAUCUGUGAGAUUCUGUGGUGAAUUUUGAGAUUCGUAUGACACACUACUGACAGUAUACAGUAUACAGUACAAUUAGCAUAGUGUAGUGGGAGGAUACUAGCAAUAAACUGCUAGUCUGCUGAAUUCUUGCAUUCAGGAGUUUCACUGUGCAGUAUUCACUACUAUCUAUUGUUUAGAGUAGACGUAUCUUGCCUGGGCAACUCAUAUGGAGGAUGUCUCAUUCCAAAAACAAUAUGCUCAAUACAAACGAGUUCGUUUCAAAUUGAUGUACGCAACUGUCUUAACACUAAUUUGGAUGUCUCCGAAUGGUAACUUUGUUUGGAAAUGUUGCUUACCAUUGCAUUCUCUGUGUACCGCUGUCACAGAUAUCCUAUUUGUAUGCCAUAGUCUCACUCUAAACAGAUUGUAUACAGUCAAAGUAUUAUGGUGGCUUAGGGAGGUUGCCAGGAACUUAUUGUUGAUGCGAAAAGAGAAUUUAUAUGCAACUUUUCCUUUGCACUAAAACACUCCCCCAUUGCACAGUGCUAUUGCUUGAGGAGCAGUGGUGCUUAAGGGUCCGAGAGGGAAAUGUGUUUAUUUCAUUACAGGAGAAUGUUUGAAUUAUCUUCACGAAUGAACAUUAAGUACACUAGCCUGAAAAGUCUGAGAGUAUCAUGUUCAACCAUGAUAUGAGAUAUUUCACAUUGCAGUUUUUCAUGCUCGUCUGGCUGGUUACACUUUACUAACAGCUGGAAUUCCAGCUACAAUGCAUGAAGUACGAGUUUCGAAAAGACAUCACAUCCUAAAACCAAACAUGCCUAUACAAUUAUUCAUGCUAUCUGGAUAAAUUACCAGUAGUCAUUUUCCAAAUGUGGGCCAGCACGUCUGUUGUCAUGGCCAAGGGCCCGAUCCAUGUUAUCCUGUACUUUUCUGUUUCACAGAGGGCAAUUUGAGCUUAUAUACUUUCAAAUGACAAACCAGCUGGAUGUUGUUAAUGACUAGAAAGCACAAUUUUAUAACCUACACUUGAUACACACAAGCAUUAACAUGUCAUAGGGAGACUUGUGAGAGGAAUCCCAUUAUUGAUACAAUGCUUCUGUAUUAGCUGUGCACUCAUGAUGUUUCAGUUAUGUUAGAACAUUGCGUAACUGGGCAUCUGUAAUGUGUGAUGUGCGUUAAGUCCUGGAGUGCUUCCUUCAUGAAAGCAUUCACACCGCAACUGUUACAAAUCAAAAGUCUAAUGCCAUUAUAAACUAAAAUCCGAUUACGUUGCUGUUUUAAUCUAGGAUGUUCCAUUGUUAGUUGUUGACAAAGUCGAUGCUCAACACCUACUGUUCAUUUCCUGACCUUUGACCCUAGAGCACCACUGUUUUUAGGGAACUACUGAAUGGAUGUUUUGCAAAAUUCAACAGCUUGAUGACCUGUACAAUAUGUAAUUGCUUAAAGUAUUUUCUGUAAAGAAAGAAUUACAUGUUAGUUUUUUUUUUGCUGUGAAAGGGAGAAAAUGUUUUUUUGGGGGGGGUUUCAACAAAUUGAAAUAUCCAUGGGGCAAAUGGUUCAUUUGUACAACAUCAAUGGAAAACAUCACAAUAUCAGGACACAGAAGUUGCAUGAAUUACAUAGUCCCUAUUAUGAUACUGCUCUGCAUGUUUUGAAGGCUCAUCCCGUCGCUAUACAAUCACUGUACAAUAAUGGGGUGACACACUUACGUACAUGGAAAAGGUGAAUGAAUGAAUAAUAAUGUAUAAAACAGAUCCAACUUAAAACCA